UCAUACCAUACAUACAUACAGAUGAAUCCAAUUUGGACCGAUUCUUCAUCUUCCUCCGUCAUUUCUAAACCUCUCUCAAUUCUCUCUCGUCUAAUCGUCUGUGCUAAUCGGAGACCAUGAACAACUCUAGAUCGAAUUAGAAUUCAGGUAUCUGACCUUUUAUCAUCUUCAAAGAACAUGUCAAGCGGUCUUUAUACGCAUUGGUGUCACCGAUGCCGCCAGCCUAUUAGAAUUCGAACCAGUCGUGAUUUGUUUUGCCCCUUUUGUGACGGUGGCUUCAUACAAGAACUUAGUGAGUUAGCAGGUGGUGGUGGUGGUGGUGGAGAAUCAAAUAGUUUUGGAUAUGAUCCAAGAUUCGGUAUCAUGGAUGCUUUUGCCAAUUUCAUGACACAUAGAAUAACUGCCGAGAGGAACAACAGCACCACCAACAACAACAUCCCUCACUUUGAUAUGCGGUUGAUUCGCAAUGGUCAAGUCCCUGCGAUUAGUAGGAGAAGGAUGAUACCUGGUGAUGGAUUCGACUUCUUCUUGAAUGGCAGUCCUCGUGAUUUUGACGAUAGUUUCAGGGAGAAUUUGACCGGUAUACUCGAACAUCUCACAAUGGAACAUCUCACAGCAGGGCUUAAUAUCAAUAAUAACCGACAACAGGGACCACCCCCUGCUCCUCGUUCAGCGAUAGAGGCUAUGCCGAAGAUUAAGAUUUCACAGAUUCAUGUUAAUAAAGAUUCGCACUGCCCAGUUUGUAAAGAUAAAUUUGAGUUGGGUUCUGAAGGAAGAAUAAUGCCGUGUGAACAUAUGUAUCAUUCGGAUUGUAUUGUUCCUUGGCUGGUUGAACAUAACUCGUGCCCUGUUUGUCGGUUUGAGCUUCCUCAAUCUGGUGGGGGAAUUAGUAGAAGAAGAGCAGGCGUUGAAAUGAAUUAUGGCACAAAUCUUGCUAGUAGGGAAGAUGGUGGUGGUAGUUCUUCUGGUUCUAGUCAAGGAACUAGGAUGAGGAAUCCACUCUCGUUUUUAUGGCCUUUUCGAUCUUCUUCGAGCCAAAAUGGAGGAGGAAACAACUCGUCUCCUCCUCCUCCUUUCAAUGAAAACAACAACAAUAAUACUUACUACUCUGGGUGGCCUUUCAACUAAAUAACUUGGUAGUUUUCGAGUCUAGAUGUUCAGUUGAAUCUGAGUCCGGUAAAAUCUCAACUUCUUAAGUGAAAACUCUACUCCGAGUGAGUUUGGUUGGGUAGUUGUUAUUUGUUUACGGAGUUUCGCAAACAUGUGAAUUUCGUGUUUUUAUUAAUCUUCUUUUUUGGGAAUAUUUUGUUAUGAAUCAUGCAAAAAAAAAAUGUUUUAAGCUUGUG